UGCUAUAAAUAAAAUCUUUGUUUGACCCCCCCAAAAAAAACCGAACAAUUUUUAUUUUUUUUGAAUAUAUACAAAUCAAAGAAAUGGUUAUUGAAGGGGUUUAUUCUGGAUUUGUGUGUUUACUUAUAGGCUUAGUUUUGAGCACCAAAAUUGAGUUGUGUUAUGGUGGAAUUAGCAGUGAUUAUGUAAGAAAUUAUAAUUCUAAUGUGGAUAUGUCAUUGAACAGUGAUGUAUUUCGAGUGCCAACUGGUUACAAUGCUCCCCAACAGGUUUACAUAACACAAGGUGAUCAUGAAGGAAAUGGCGUGAUUGUUUCUUGGACUACAACUGAUGAACCUGGCUCAAAUGCAGUCCUCUAUUGGGUUGAAAAUAGUAAUGUUAAGAGCUUCGCGGUGGGCUUUGUUGUUAGCUACAAGUAUUACAAUUACACGUCUGGAUAUAUUCAUCACUGUACCAUCAAGGAUCUGGAGUUUGAUACAAAGUACUACUAUGAAGUGGGGUUAGGAAAUACAACUAGACAGUUUUGGUUUGUAACUCCUCCAAAACCUGGACCUGAUGUUCCUUAUACAUUUGGUCUAAUUGGGGAUCUUGGUCAGACAUACGACUCAAAUAGCACACUGACUCAUUACGAGUUGAGCCCUCUAAAAGGCCAGACAUUACUUUUCGUUGGAGACCUCUCUUAUGCUGAUAAUUAUCCGUUUCAUGACAACAUACGAUGGGAUACAUGGGGGAGAUUUAUCGAGAGAAGUGCAGCAUAUCAACCUUGGAUUUGGACUGCCGGAAAUCAUGAACUUGAUUUUGUUCCUGAAAUUGGUGAAUCUAAGCCUUUCGUACCUUACAAGCAUCGGUUUUCUACGCCUUACAGAGAAUCACAAAGUACUUCUCCGCUUUGGUACUCUAUAAAGAGAGCUUCAGCCUAUAUUAUCGUCAUGUCUUCUUACUCAGCUUUUGGUAAAUACACUCCUCAAUGGAAAUGGUUAACGAACGAGUUACCUAAAGUUAACAGGAGUGAGACACCAUGGCUCAUUGUACUCAUGCAUUGUCCAAUGUACAGUAGUUAUGUACAUCACUAUAUGGAAGGGGAAGCAACGCGAGUUAUAUAUGAACCAUGGUUUGUGAAGUAUAAGGUGGACGUUGUCUUCGCUGGUCAUGUUCAUGCCUAUGAACGAUCAGAGCGUGUAUCAAACGUUGCCUACAACAUCAUAAAUGCGAAAUGCAGUCCAGUUAAGGAUGAGUCUGCCCCGGUAUAUAUUACUAUUGGAGAUGGAGGGAAUCAAGAGGGAUUAGCUACAGAGAUGACACAACCACAACCAAGGUAUUCUGCCUAUCGAGAAGCAAGCUUUGGGCACGGGAUACUGGAUAUCAAGAACAGAACUCAUGCCUAUUUUGGCUGGAAUCGUAACCAUGAUAAAUUCGCUAUUGAAGCAGACUCUGUAUGGCUUCUUAACAGAUACUGGAAAUUGGAGGAAUCCUCUGUAGCUUAUUUCAUGAAAUGAGAUAGUCCCUUUAUCGCGUGACUGAAAAUCGUCUUGUUAACAGUAUUAUAGAUGUUUUCGACGUAAUUUUAUAGAAGGCUACUCAAUGUUAAUUUACUCUUGGAAAGUAUGCAAAAAAUGAAGCUCUCUCAGCUUGUCAUUUACACUAUAUAUGGGAGUGAUCAUAUGU